GCAGAUCGCAUAGCGGCGUCAGCGGCAGUCGCCAGCUGGUCGUCGGCCUGAUCCGCUGGUCCGCGUUCAGCACUCGAAGGCACGCUCCAGUGCGACCGCGUGAAACGAGGUGUUCCUCCUCGCUAGCUCUCGCAACUAGCGUGGACCGCCGUUCGUUCGAGCGCGACGAGCCUCGUCGAUGCGCCGUCAUCGUCGCCAACACUUUCGCGAGUGUCGCCUCUGUGAUAGCGCGUCAUCCUCGGGAUGCACCGGAGCCGUCGUUGGUAAUAACGACCAGCCGAGGCUCGAGGACGAGGAAACAGCAUGUCGGUGUUCUCGAAGCUGAUAGACCGCGCGUCCGCGCGCUACGGCGUCCGCCAAGAGACGCUGACGCGCGGUAUCGUCGGCAGCGCACUCGCGCUUUACAUGCUGAAGCUCGGCUAUCCGUACUUGGCGGCCAGUAUCAAGCGACAACUACUGCGACAACGACAACGACAGCAGCAGCAGCAGCAGCAGCGGCAGCAGCUGCAACGAUGCCAGAGAGGAGACCAAGAGAGCCAGCGCGACGACGAAGUCUCCAAGCACGACGAGAAGAACGGUGUCGUUCGCGGUACCAGCAACGAUGACGAGGUUGCGUUGUUACCGCACGAUACGACCAGAAGUGCAGACGACGGCGGGAAACCGUUGGUCGGGCUGGACCGCGCGUUUUUGCGGCAACUGCUGAUGCUGCUGCGAAUCAUGGUACCGGGAUGGCGGAGUCGCGAAACGGGUCUGCUGGCCUGCGCGACCCUCACGUUGCUGGCACGCACCUUCCUGUCUGUUUACGUGGCCGAGCUGGAAGGCCAGAUCGUCAAACGAAUCGUGCUGCGCGAUGUGCACGGCUUUUCUCACAUGCUGGCGCGUUGGUUCGCCAUCGCGCUACCUGCCACCUUCGUCAACUCUGCUAUCAGAUACCUCGAGGGUCGGCUGGCACUUAGCUUUAGGGAACGUCUGGUGAAGUACGCAUACAAGAUGUACCUGAGUCAGCAGACUUACUAUAGAGUAUCAGCUUUAGAUACUAGGCUCGGAGGCGCCGAGCAAAGACUGACGGAUGACCUAUCCGAACUAGCCAGUUCCGUAGCGCACUUGUACUCUAGUUUAACCAAGCCGCUGCUCGACUGUGCCCUGGUGGGCAUCGCCCUUAUCUCUUUCUCGUCGAAAAUGGGUGCGAAAACAAUACCAGGGCCGUUACUGGCGGCGGCGGUGAUCACUCUGACCGGGCAGGUUCUGCGCCUCGCUUCGCCGCGAUUCGGUCAGCUGGUCGCGGAGGAAGCGGCACGACGAGGAAAGCUCAGGGAGGCGCACGCUCGUAUUAGCGCCCACGCAGAAGAAAUCGCUUUUUACAGCGGCCACGACACGGAGCAUCGCUACCUGAACACCGCAUACAAAUCCUUGGUGACGCAUCUGCAGCGCGUGCUCGCAGUCAAAUUGUGGUACGUGAUGCUGGAGCAAUUCCUGAUGAAAUAUGUGUGGUCCGGCACUGGACUCCUCGUCAUCGCCAUGCCGCUCCUUUAUAACACAGCGGUCGCUCAGACGACGAAUGGAAUUUCCGAAAAUACUGACGGCGGCGUAAGCGAGCGGACAAGGUAUCUGACGACCUCGAAGAACCUCUUAAGCUCCGGAGCAGACGCUGUGGAACGACUGAUGUCAUCCUACAAAGAAUUGGUUGCGUUGGCGGGCUACGCGGCGCGCGUCAGCGAGAUGUUGGAUGUCUUCAAGGACGCCGCGCUUUGCAAGUACAAAAGGAACGUCGUUACGAGCGGCCCAUCCAGACUCGCAAACGGCCACACGCAGCAAUCCGUGGAGAAGGUUAUCGAAUUCAGCAACGGCACCCCGGUGAUUAAAGGAAUUGUUCGCGAAAGCACAGACGGCAGCAUAAAGCUUAUUGAUGUGCCCAUAGUUACACCUAAUUGCGAAGUUAUCGUGCCUAGCUUAACGAUCCACAUCAAGCCGGGCGAUCACGUGCUCAUCACCGGACCUAAUGGAUGCGGCAAGAGUUCCCUUUUCCGCGUUAUCUCCGGACUCUGGCCCGUGUACGACGGUACUUUGAUCAGACCAGCCGAGAGGAAUUUGUCCGAGCAAGGCAGACCAGCCCUAUUUUACAUCCCACAGAAGCCGUACAUGACGGUCGGUUGUUUGCGCGACCAAAUCAUAUAUCCGGCCCAGUCCAGUAAUUCGCGCAACUGCUCGGACGAGGAGCUAUUGCAAUUGCUGGAUGACGUGGACCUGCGCGGCCUGGUCGAGCGUGAACCCGAAGGCUUCGACGCCCUGGGUGACUGGGACUCCACCCUGUCGGGCGGCGAGAAACAGCGUCUGGCGAUGACGCGACUCUUCUAUCACGCGCCGCAAUAUGCUCUGCUGGACGAAUGCACGAGCGCGGUAAGCCUGGAGGCAGAGGGUAUUAUAUAUGAGACCGCCAAGAAGAAGGGCAUUACCCUGCUGACCAUCACGCAUCGCGUGGCCUCCCUCGCCAAAUAUCAUCGGCUGCUGCUGCGUUUUGAUGGCGAAGGCGGUUGGACCUUCGGUCCGUUGGACGAGAAGAACCUGUUAGUACCACCAAAUCGGGAGCAGCAACCCACAAGAGAAGUGGAGCGGGAAGAAGAGGCAAAACCGAGCCACUACCAGAUGCUGCACGAGCUACGUGGUAUACAUCCCGAGGAGAGUUAUGUGGGAAUAAGUUGAAGAUUACGAUCUAUAGAAUUUUAUGCAAAGAUUUUAUGUUAACAAAAAACCAUAUAAAUAUAUGGUAGAUAUAAGAAAUAUCCAUUAUAGUUAUUCUACAUCAUAUAUCUAUUUUAUAUAUGGAAUAUAAAAUAGACAUAGGUACAUAUUUAUAUAUAUGUGUGUGUGUAUGUGUGUGUAUAUACAUAUAUAUACACACACACAUAUAAAUGUACACGCAAUGUACACACACACACAUAUAUAUAUAUGUGUGUGUGUGUACAUUGCGUGGAACUGACGAUAAAAUGUAUUAUCGUAGCAAUACGUAUGGAUGAUCAUGUAUAUAUUUUUAUAUGUAUAUAUUUCUCCGGGGUUGCAUGCUGUACAGAAUUGCAGGAAACUAUUUUUUAACUAAAUUUUAGAAUGAAUAGGCUCGCGAAUCGCUUAGUUUAUCAUAAGUGCUUUAAGAAAUUAAUAUACAUCACAACUAUGAAAGAAAAGUGAGAAACUUGUUGAUACAAGACUGUUUUCAUGAUUAUAGACAAUUUUUCGAUUAACGACGACUACUUUUGAUAAUGCCUUGAUAAAACCUUGAUUAAUUGGUAAAAUGAACAAUAUAUAGUGAAUAAAAGAGGGAGAUAUCAUAUGUUUAUCUGUCCUUCUUUAAGUAAUCUUACAAACUUAGGGUGCUAAUUUACCAUAUUAUGAUAUAGAUCUAUUCAUUGCAUACUUGAGACUCAUGCGAGCUCUUUUCGUUUAUAUUUUAUCUUCCAAAAUAUUUAAUUCUUUAACUUUCAAAAUCUUUUUAUCAUGAAAAUAUUUGCCCUUAAUCUUUCACGGUGUAUCAACUUUAUUAAUGCAUAUCUUAAUUGUGUAAUUGCGUAAUGAUAAAAAAGAAAUACAUAUAUCUUCUGACAGAAACAUUGUUUUUCUUUAGAUAAAUGUAUUUGAAAGAAGUGGUAAAAAGCAUAGAAAUAUUUUAUUUUUUUCAUAAAAAUAUUUUUAUCAUGAAAAUAUUUGCUCUUAAUCUCUCACGGUGUAUCAACUUUAUUAAUGCAUAUCUUAAUAUCGUGUAUGUAAUUGCAUAAUGAUAAAAAAGAAAUACAUAUAUCUUCUGACAGAAACAUUGUUUUUCUUUAGAUAAAUGUAUUUGUAAGAAGGGGUAAAGCAUAGAAAUAUUUUUAUACGUACUGUAUAUAUUCUGAUAUGAAAUAGCUAUUCUUCUACGGCGAAUAUACCAAGAAAAUGGGAAUAAAUAUAUAAAAGUUUAAGGCAUAUUAUUUACCGGACGUACUACAUCAAUAUAUUAUAUUAUUAGGUUUACGGAUUAAUUUUAAUGAGGCGUAUCAGAGUUAUUUUAUUUAUUAAGAAUAAAUUUGUAUGCAUCACAUAAACAUGUUGAAAAUA